CGUGUCGGGUCACGGCAAUCCAAAGGGCGCACCUUUCGCCUCCGGCGCUAGGGUUUCGUCACCCCCCUCCCCCCCCCCCCCAAUUCGGUCUGCGAGAGCACGAGGUGAUUUUUCGUCGAAGCUGUGACGUGGGAGAUGCCGCCAAAGUCUAGGAGAGGCGGCGCCGCCGCGGCGAGGAAGGCACCGGCAACGAGGGGCCGGGUGGGGAGGGCGCAGGCUGCUGCGGAGGAGGCGCCGCUCGUGGAGGAUGCGAAGGAGGCGCCCGCCGAGGAGGUGAAGGUCGCCGAGGAAGCCCCGAAGAUGGUCGAGGAGCCGAAGCGCCAGCCCUCGCCGCCGCCGCCGUCGCAACAGCCGGCGGUGGAGGAGAAAGGCUCCGAUGCCACAGCUAACGGUGCCAACCACGCGGAAGAUGAGGGAGCUGUGAAAGAAACAUAUGAAGAAGAGGACAAAGGUGAACGACUAGAGUUUGAGGACGAACCAGAAUACGAAGAGGAGGCUGCUGUGGACUACGAUGAGAAAGAUUUGGAGCACUACGAAGAGCAAUAUGAGGAUGGUGAUGAAGAGGUGGAGUAUACUGAAGACGUGGUUGAAGUGGAGACUGAUAUGGUUGACGAGGAAGAUGAAGGUGGCGAUGAUGGCGAGGGGGAAGGAUAUGAAAAUGCUGAUGAAGAACAUCAUGUGGAUGUGGAUGACGAAGAGCAUAGUGAAAUGGUCAAAGAGCACCGCAAGCGGAAGGAGUUUGAAGUUUUUGUUGGUGGGCUAGAUAAAGAUGCAACAGAAAGUGACCUUAGGAAGGUUUUUGGUGAAGUUGGUGAUAUAACUGAAGUUCGUCUGAUGAUGAAUCCUGUCACAAAGAAGAACAAAGGCUUUGCCUUCCUGCGAUAUGCAACUGUGGAGCAAGCAAGGCGUGCUGUUUCAGAGCUAAAGAAUCCACUGGUGCGGGGUAAACAGUGUGGUGUUGCUCCAAGUCAUGAUAAUGAUACACUCUUCGUUGGCAAUAUCUGCAAAACAUGGACAAAAGAACAUUUGAAGGACAAACUGAAGAGUUAUGGAGUAGAGAAUUUUGAUGAUUUACUACUGGUUGAGGAUAGCAAUAAUCCAGGAAUGAAUCGUGGCUAUGCUUUGCUUGAGUUUUCUACUCGACCUGAAGCAAUGGAUGCUUUCAGGAUAUUGCAGAAAAGGGAUGUAGUUUUUGGAGUUGAUCGUAGUGCAAAGGUUUCCUUCGCUGAUUCCUACCCCCAAGUUGAUGAUGAAAUAAUGGCACAGGUCAGAACUGUAUUUAUCGAUGGCCUUUCUCCCUCAUGGGAUGAAGACCGAGUUAAGAAAUAUCUCAAAAAGUAUGGAGCUAUUGAGAAAGUGGAACUUGCUCGAAAUAUGCCGGCUGCCAAGAGAAAGGAUUUUGGGUUUGUUACCUUUGAUACUCAUGAUAAUGCUGUUGCAUGUGCCGAAGGGAUAAGCAAUUCUGAGAUUGGUGAAGGCGAUCACAAGGCAAAAGUAAGAGCUAGAUUGUCGCGACCCCUACAGAGACCUCCUAGAAUGAAGCAUGGGUUAAGAGGAAAUUUUAGAGUUGGGCAUGGUGCUUCCCGAGGUGGCCGUUUACCGUAUGCUCGCCCUCCUCCACCUCGCAGGCCUCCACCACGUCUUGUUCGGCCUGCUGUCAGCCGCUUACCGCCCAUCAGGAGCCAUCCAUUGAAGAGGCCUGUUGAUAUUAGAGAUAAGCGACCUGUUAUGUCAAUGCCAGAUAGAGCUAGGCGUUUGCCCCCUCCAGAGAGAUCUUAUGACAGGAGGCCUCCAGCUCCAGUUUACCCAAAGAGAAGUCCAAGGAGAGAAUACGUGAGGCGUGACGAGCUUCCUCCUCCAAGGAGCAGAGCUGCACUUGACUACAGCCCAAGAGUUCCAGUUGAUAGACGUCCCUCUUUCAGGGAUGAUUAUUCAUCCCGGGGAUCAGGUUAUUCAGACCUAGGUCCACGUAGCGCUCCUCGUCUUUCUGAUAGGCGAGCAUAUCCUGAUGAUAGUUAUGGUGGGAAGUUUGACCGGCCUUUACCGGCCUAUAGGGAGAGUCGGGGCCGUGAUUAUGACACCAUUUCUGGAUCAAAGCGUCCAUAUGCCGAUAUGGAUGAUGUGCCUCGGUAUCAAGACAUCAGUGUUCGUCAGUCCAAGGCACGGUUGGACUAUGACGUUGGUGGUAGCAGUGCUCGAUAUGGAGAUACAUAUAGUGAGAGGCCUGGACGAUCACAUGUGGGAUAUAGUGGCAGUCGAUCUAUCUCUGGUCAUGAUUCAGCAUAUGGUAGCAGCCGUCAUGGUGUGAGUUAUGGAGGUUCUGCUAGCGGUGGUGAUGCUAGUGGAAUGUACUCAUCAGGUUACAGUGGUAGCUAUGCGUCUCGUGGAUCUGAUGUCGGUGGGAGUUCAUAUUCAUCACUUUACUCGGGCCGUAGUUUAGGUAGCAGCAGUGGUGGCUACUAUGGGGGCAGCGGUUCCAGUUCAUAUUACUAAGAUUUGGCAUCGUAGGAGUUGGUGUAGGCCUGCAUUUUAUGGAGCUUCUGAAUUUGAGGCCUACAGAUCUGGAAAAGAAGUGCCAAGUACUCAAGUCUGGGCAAUGUUUUCAAAUAAGACAUGUUCAAAGAAGCCAGAUACAUCAAGUUGGUUGAAGCAUUAGUCUGGAGGAUGUUCUGGCUUGUUUAUGUAAUGUAAGGAUUUGCUUUAUUUGGUCAAGAGUUAUGAACAUAAGGGCCAGCUAUGGUGUUUUAUAAGUGUUUCGACAUGUUUACUUCCAGUGUUUCUAUAACCUUAUUGAGACAGUUAUGGAGUGUACUUUGAGGUAGUUUCUGCAAUUCAAGGUUUUUGGAGAUUCCAUCU